AUGCGCAUUUCUGCAGCUAUUGGCAUUGCUACUCUGGUAGUUGGCUCUGCCGCUGUCGGCUGUCCUUAUGCAGGUCGCGCUAAGAACCCUGUAGCGGGGUGCCCCUACUCGAAGCGCGCUCCUGCGGUAGCCCCUGCAGAGGAUGCACCGGCCUUGUCGCGUCGGGGCCCAGUUGAGGGAAAGAAGGGCAUUUUCUACAUGAACCGUAUUGGACCGUCGGGUUCACAGUUAUGGAUCGCCAACGCAGACGGAAGCAACGCACAGAAGUUGAUGGGAAAUCAGAGCAAUGCGUUCGACUAUCACGCCUCAUGGUCGCCCGAUGGACAAUGGAUUGUAUUCACGAGUGAACGACGAGGACCUGGUCAGUCGGACCUCUACCGCAUUCAUCCGGAUGGCACAGGGCUGGAGACCCUGGUUGCCACCGAUUCCGUCGAGGACAUCGGUGUUCUGUCACCGGAUGGAAAGAAGCUGGCAUACGUUUCGACACAGGGCAAUUAUACAACGAAUAUCUGGGUUAAAGACCUCAAGACCGGCCUUGCUCAUAACCUCACCGACACCGCAACUACACGCGCCAACAACAUCUGGCCGACGGGCCAUUUCCGGCCCGCCUGGUCCCCCGACGGCCAGUGGCUAGUUUUCAGCUCGGAUCGCGAGACCGACUGGACUGGACAUAGCGAGGGUGUGGGAUGGGAACAUACACAAUCUCUGGGUCUAUAUGUGAUUCGCGCGGAUGGCAGCGAUUUCCGCACCCUGAGUCGCCAAUCCGGCUUCGCUUUGGGUACUCCUCAAUGGUCGCCGGAUGGAAAGCGCAUCAUCUACAACAACAUGACGACCGAAAAUACCUACGGGUGCCAUGGUGUGUCCUCCCAACAGCAGGCUGUCACGGCACAGAUCUACAGUGUGGAUUUCGCGACAGGCAAGAACCUGAUUGCCCACACCUCUGGCAGUUACCCCAAAGUUGGCCAACACUACAUUGGCAAGUCGAGUAACAUCGGCUAUCUCGUGAAGGCUGGGCCCUUCGAAGGUAUCAAGUAUACCGCACCUGAUUCAACACAUAAGGCUUUCAACCACACCAAUCUGCGUGAUCCCUGGUGGUCACCGGACGGCUCCAAGAUCGUGUACGAGAUCCCCAAUUGGGCCCAGCAAGCGGGCGAGCUGAAGCUCUGGAGUUACGAUGACGACUGGGAGUAUCGUUACAUGGAUGUUUUUCCGGUGCAUAACACUGUUGUGAACCGAAUUGGUUCGACACAGAAGGUCCUGGGCAGCGCCAACGGAUCCAUGGUGACUUCGUCGCCUUUAUACACAGACCUGACCCUUGCACUCGACUCGUACGAUAUCUACUCGGUUGACAACGCUACCGAAGCCGAAUUGCUUGCUGAGGGCGGAGCCGGUGCUUUCCAACCGUCCUGGAAUCCAGAUGGGACUGAACUCGUUGUGGGCUUUGGUGCCUGGUUCGAGACCCGUUCUGGCACACCUGCCACCAUCUACCGCGCCUUUGCUAACGGGACUUACCACACCAACCUGACCGACGGCCUCCAGAACACUGGAUUCCCGUCUUGGUCCCCUGACGGAUCGGCGAUUGUAUACCGUAAAUGGAGCCUGGAUACUGGUGCCCCCGAGGGUCUGCAUAUCCUCAAUUUUACUACUGGCGUGACCACCCAGCUCACCUUGGGCUGGGAUAACACGCCGGGCUGGGCACCUAACGGCGAGCGCAUUGUAUUCACCCGUAAUAAUAACUGGACUACAUCCUAUGGUACACGCUGGUAUGCGGAUCGCUUCGACAUUUAUACCAUCCGCCCCGAUGGGUCCGAGCUGACCCGGGUGACGGACAGUCUCGCCAACGACGCGCAUGCGGUCUGGUCGCAGGACGGGCGCAUCAUGUGGAGCACCGGCAUGUACGGCUUCAAGGACGAGAGCGCGCUCUUCGACAACACGUUCCAGCCUUACGGCCAGAUUAUGGUGAUGAACUACGACGGGACGAAUAAGCAGCUGGUCACGGAUACUAUCUGGGAAGAUUCAAUGCCACUGUACAUGCCCAAUGAAUAUCUUGAGUGA